CUUCAGAACAUAGAUGAAAAGAAAUGUGUGGCGCAUUAAGAGAAAUGAUCGGUUAUUUCGGUAUGUUUCUACAUGGUGAGUGAAAAAGCUAUUAAAAUAGCAACAAAACUGUGAUUUGUGUUUUGUUGUAAUCAAAAUCUUGUUGAUUUAUUAGCUUAGGUGGAGCAUAACAAAAUACGUUUUCUGGCAAAUCAGCAGUCCCGCAUGCAAAUUUAACCAGUUGACAUUUCUUUUAUGAACUUGCUAAAUAAAAUGCCUAAAUCUACUUAAUGUUUGUGUUGCAACCAGUAGACUGCUUAAAGGGGCCACUGUCCCUUUAAGAGCAACCUACGCUUGUUUAUCCUGUUCAGUAACGAGGUUGAGAGUGGAGUGACUGACGGCGAUCCACGAAUAAAACCAGCAGCUGUGGAAUGCCAGUCAAGGAGCCACUCCCAUUAUGAUUUCAAAAGUUAUUAUACCGUGAAUGUUCCAGUGAAAGCACCAAAAUGGCAGAAUUAGUCUCUGAUGCUCAAAAUCCUUUAAACUGCCCGAUCUGUCUGAACCUGUUUAAGAACCCGGUGACUACAGCCUGUGGGCACAGUUUCUGUACGGACUGUAUAAAGGGUUGCUGGGAUCGAGAUGCUUCUUUGAGGCGAGUGUACAGCUGCCCUACAUGCAGGAAGACGUUCAACCGAAGACCAGAUCUCAGCAGAAGCACGGUCCUGGCUGAGAUUGUAGAGGGAAUGAAACAGGAAGUUCCAGCUAAGCCUGAAGAUGUUACGUGCGAUUUUUGCAAAGGAAGAAAACUCAAAGCCGUCAAGUCUUGUUUGUUUUGUAUGGCUUCUUACUGCCCAACUCACAUUCAGCCUCAUUACGAGUCUGAAGCUUUUAAAAAACACAAGCUGGUAGACGCUUCCUCGGAUCUACAGCAGCAGAUCUGCCCUCAGCAUCAUAAAGCUCUGGAGAUAUACUGCUAUAACGACCAGAAGUGUAUAUGUGUAGUUUGUAUGGGGACUCAACACAGUGGACAUCGAACGGUCUCAGCUGCAGCUGAAAUGGCAAAAAAACAGGAGGAACUAAAUAGAAAAAAGAGUGAUUUCACUCUGAAAAUCACAGUCAUAGACGAGAAGGUCCAGGCAUUUAGGAAGGCUGUGAUUUCUUAUACGCGUUCUGCACAGGCAGCGGUGGAGCACAGCGAGAGGAUCUUCGGUGAGCUCGUCCGCUCCGUUCAGAAAAGACGAGCUGAGGUGAGAGAACUGAUCAGAGCUCAGGAGAAGAAGGAGAUAGCACAGAUCAAUGAUCACAUACAGCAGCUGGAGCGGGAGAUCGCCAAUCUGCAAAAGGAGAACGAAAAACUGGAGCCGAUUUUACAUACAGAGGAUCACAUCCGUUUCUUCCAGAGUUACUCUCCUCAGUCUGGACUGUAUCUGUGCACAGCUUCACCCGGAGAUAUUAGUGAACUCCUGACCUUUAAGAAUGUAGAAGAAUCUGUCUCGGGGCUGAAAAGCCAACUGGUCAAAGUCUGUGAAGAACACAAGGCCAGAAUAACAAAGAAAGUUGCUGAUGUCCAAAUUUUCAAGACCUCCAGGCUUCAAGACGCGGAUUCUGCACAUUUAUCUUCAGAUUCAUCAUUAGAUUCAUCUUCAGAUUCAUCUUCAUCUCCACCACACAUGAAAGUCUCACCAGAACCGGAUUUUGCGUGGUCAGAAUGAAGCCUACCUGGGAAUUGUAGCACUCAAUGAAACCUUCCUUUUUUUUUAAAAACACAUUUACUUUUUGAGCGGUGAGAACCAAAGGCUUAAGUGACAUUUCGCCGACUUUACAGGAGAGCCUAAACGACAUUUUUUAAUCAUAGUUUGGCUUUGUGUGCUGAUUUCAGUUUGUUAUAAUGCAAAUUUGUACACUCGUGGACUACAGUUCUUUUUAAGAGCUUUCGUUUGAUAUAAAUAUCCCCAUUUCACCAAAAAUGUCCGGUUCUCACCCCCUCCAUAUACUCUGACUCAAAUUUUGCAACAUGUCAUUCUUCAGUUUAUUUAGCACCAAAAUAGUAGAAUCUUUGUCUGAUGCUGAAAAUCCUUCAAGCUGUUCAGUCUGGACCCAGUAUGUUGGACCCAUUUGCAUGGACUAUAUUAAGAUGUGCCUUAUAUUACAGAGUUUUAUAGUGGAGUUUACAGCUGCCCCAAAUGCAUGAAGGCGUUCAACCAAAGAUGAGCAUUCGGAAAGAGCACAGUGUUGGGCCUAGAGAUGUGGAGUGGGAUGUAUGCAAGACCACCAGUUCUUGUUUGUGUGCUUGCUUUCUCACUGAGUUAAAAGCUUCUCAACAUCACAAAGCACUGGAGAUUUACUGCUAGCCGUAUAUACAGUCAUAAUGUAAUUUUAUGUUAUUAAAUGUAUUUAUUUUACAGUUUUAUUGCAAAUAAAUCAACAGUGCCUUAAUAUUAGAACUGCGAUGAUUGAUUUAAAAGUUGACAGAAAGUUAAGGACGGAAUUAUAGAUGCUUGACUUUUAUCUUCAAACAUUUAUUACUAUAUAGUAUUGUUUUCAGGAUUUCCAAUACAAAUGCACAUUUAUAACCUGUUUGUAUUAUGAGAUUUGGCUUGCUUUUUUAAUAGCUCCAAAAUGCCGCCAGAUGGUGUCAUGUACGACAUCUACCAGCAGGGAGUAACAAAACUAUUCAACCCCCGUCUCAAACAUUUUCCAGUGUUACAAGGUGCCAC